AAGCUACCGAACGAGCAGCAACAGCCUGCGGCUAUCUCCGUCGGGGUGGGGGGGGAGUGCAUUAACGGUGCAAAAGUUUCGAAACACGGGUUCUUGGUGCCGAAUAGAGACAAGAGCGACGCUGAGUGAAUCCUGAGACGGCUGCCGGGACCAUGACUGACAGCUGCCGUUCGUAGCAGCGAGAUAUUUGCGUUAUUUGACGCUUCAAAUGUGCGGAAAGUCGCCCGCACUCACGUCGUCGCUGAACAAGAUGGACGCAGCGGCAGCAACGCCGUCGUUGCAGAAUCUGACCGCGGGGCCGUUCCCCGUCGCUAGCCUGUCCCCCGAAGCUCGGAGUGCUGCGAUUAAUGGCUACCACUGAAGGUAUGGCCUCACAAAUCUUGGUCUACCCAGCUCACCUGCACUCAGCUCCAAGAAGUGCCUUAGGAACCAGCAGACAAAAAGAAGAAGCUUGCGGCGGGCACGACAGAGCAUUUCAGCACCGGCCAACAGCCAAGACCUACGUGAUCGGCGUCAACUACGGUAUCGCCUACCCGAACAACGUGAUCCCGUCUUUAGCCGCUCCCAAUCCAGGUCCACAGCGGGGGCUAGAGAGGGUGGAGCACGCAUUGCAGGGCGCGGUAGUACGAAGAGAGGAGUGCGGGGAGAUCCAGAGUGGAGGCCCACAGGAAGUGAGGCUUCACAGUGACAACAGUGGAACGCCUUCGGGGGGACACUUGCCCCACGGGCUACUGAGGCAGGCCUGCAUCCAGGUGGAGGAGGAAAAAGGGGAGAGCGGAAACAGAGGAGAGGAAGCAAGAGGGGGAUACGUCAGCCUUCUAGGAUCAGGUGCCCUCCAGAGAUGUGAGGAGAAGCCAGGCGACGGUGGCGAGCGUCCGCAGCAGAACAGCCGCUUAGGAACCAUGCAGAUAGUGGAGGAGGUAUCUGCUCUACCGUCACUUCCUCCCCCUGUGGCCAUGUUGCACGCCAGCGCAGGGAACCACGCAGAGACCAUCCGAGUCGGCUGCGGAGGGGAGCUGUCCAUUCAGCACGGCCGGGCCGAGGCAGCGACCAGCAUGGGAGCCGGUGCCGAGGGAACCGAAAUCCGGUCCAGCGGCAGCGCCCUUACCGCAGCGGCCGCCACGCUGACCAGGACCGGAUCGCUAGACGGCGACUAUCAACUCGUCCAGCACGAGGUUCUGUGCUCGCUGAAGAACAGCUACGAGGUUUUGGAGUUCCUGGGCCGUGGAACCUUUGGACAGGUGGUGAAAUGCUGGAAGAGGGGCACGAGUGAAGUAGUGGCUGUCAAGAUACUGAAGAAUCACCCGUCGUAUGCACGCCAGGGGCAGAUAGAGGUGGAGAUCUUGGCCUGUUUGAGCAGCGAAAAUGCAGACGAGCACAACGUGGUGCGCGCCUUAGAGUGCUUUCAGCACCGGAGUCACACCUGCCUGGUGUUUGAGAUGCUGGAGCAGAACCUUUACGACUUCCUAAAACAGAACAAGUUCAGUCCGCUGCCGCUCAAAAUCAUCCGGCCCAUCCUGCAGCAGGUUGCCACAGCCUUAAAGAAGCUCAAGUCUCUGGGUUUGAUCCACGCCGACCUGAAGCCAGAGAACAUCAUGCUGGUGGACCCCUCCAGGCAGCCCUACAGAGUCAAGGUGAUCGACUUUGGCUCGGCCAGCCAUGUCUCCAAGGCCGUCUGCUCCACUUACCUGCAGUCCAGAUACUACAGGGCUCCGGAGAUCAUUUUGGGCCUGCCGUUCAGCGAAGCCAUAGACAUGUGGUCCCUGGGCUGUGUGAUAGCCGAGCUCUUCUUGGGCUGGCCCCUUUACCCUGGAGCACUAGAAUACGACCAGAUCCGGUACAUCUCCCAGACUCAGGGCGUGCCGGCCGAGCAGCUGCUCAACAAGGGCACAAAGACCUCUCGCUUCUUCUGCAAAGAGUCCAACUCUCCCUAUGCCUCCUGGAGACUAAAAACAACAGAGGAGCACGAGAAGGAGACGGGCCUGAAAUCUAAAGAGGCCAGAAAGUACAUCUUCAGCUGCCUGGACGACAUCGCACACGUGAACGUGGUGCUGAGCCCCGACGGCAGCGCCAUGCAGGCGGAAAAGUCGGACAGGAGAGAGUUUGUGUCCCUGCUGAGGAGCAUGCUGCUGAUCAACGCUGAGGACCGGACCGUUCCUGCCAGCGUACUCAGCCACCCCUUCCUCACCAUGACCCACCUGCUAGACUACCCACACAGCCACCACGUGCAGUCGGCGUUCCGCAUCAUGGACAUGUGCCACAGUCGGCCCGCCAACACAGUGUUUGACGCUCUUAAUGAGAACACCAUUCACUUCUCAAGCCCCCCUAUGGCCCCCCCCGCCGCCUCCUCUGGCCUCCCUUUAGGCUACGGCAGCAUACCAGUCCGCACUCAGGCUAUAAACCAGUCGGGUCCCUCUAUGUUGCAUCCUGAGAUGGCUCUAGCAGCUGGAAACAGUCAGUUUGGUUGCACUGACGCCUUCCCACCUGGCCUUCUUCUUUGUCCUCCCCCCAUGCAAGGUAAUCUUAACCAACCAGCAGCGUAUUCUGUCCCCAUGGUAACUCAGGCUCCUCCCAUGCAGCCCUUGCCAGUGAGACCUGGAGUCAUUGCUCAGCAGGCCUGGUCAAGCCGGGGGCAGCAGUUCCUCGUCCCAGCAGCCUGGCAACAGAUGGCUCAAGUGGGUCCUCCUCCCUCUCACCCCCCUCCACAACCCCCGUCCUCCCUAACCAACGAUAUCGCAGCCGGCCCACAAAGAGUCAACGACUGGGGCAACCACUACACAUCAGUCAUGCACCAGCCUCUACUGACCAAUCAUAUGCCUGCGCAUCAGCCGAUCAACAUCGGCAUAGCUCAUGUUGUUUGGCCCCAGCCGGCCAAUAAAAGGAACAGACACGGCUACAACAGGAACCUGUCAACCCACAGCAGCAUCCACGCUCCGCCCAAGAUGGCCAACACGGUUGGACAGGCGGUGGCACGUAGGGAGCAGCCUCGGAGGGAGGAGCCCGCAGCCGGAAUCGGGCUGCCGGGAGUUCCUAACCGGGAUGCGGAGGUAAACCAUGUGCAACAGGAAGCGAGCUGCUUCAAAGAGGCGCCGCCAAAGGCCAACGACCAGCUGGACCCGUCCGGUGGGCAGCAGCGUGAAGUGGCGGUCCUGAUGGGCGACACGCCGAGCCCCACCACCAGUGUGAUCAGCAUCCGCAGUGAACUGACCGACGAAGAGGACGACGACCCCCCGAGGUGCCGUCUUAGUGGGUGCAAAGAGGAGUGUGUGUGCGAGGCCUGCAGACACACCAGUGUGUCCAUGGAGAGAGUGUGUUCCCUCAGUAGCCCCGACAGCAGCCUCAGCACCAGCUCCUUCGCCUCCAACUCGCUCCAGUCCAGCCCCUCCCUCUCGCCGUGCAAGAGACCAAACAGCAUGUCAGAGGACGACGGCCACGAGAGCGGCUGCGACACCGUGGAAGGCUCCCCCGGGUCUGCCGUGUCAACCUCGCCACGCGGCCACAGCCCCUACCGUUACCUUGACAGCAACCGCAACAACCGCCCGACCCUAGCUGCCAUGGUGGCUCCGCCGCCCUGCCAUGCAGCGCGGGGCUGCAGCCCUCGUGGCGCCAGGACCAUGGUGGUGCCCCCGAUGAGAAUGCAGAACAACAAUGGUCACGGGACAGCAGAGUGUUUCCAGAGGACAGAGUCCUGGUCCCGGUCCAAAGGGCGCUGCAGUCUCGUAGGACAACAGAGCAAUCCCUCCUCCUUCCCCUUCCUGUCCCGGCAGCAGCAACAACAACAGCAGCAGCAGCCCCCCCCUAUGGGCUUUGGACAGGUGCAGCUGUACGGUUCCAACCACGGCGCCAAAGAGUGGAACGUCAACUAUGGGUCUCUGCGCCCUCACGCGUACAUCCCCCCCACGGUCCACACGCACAGCUUCACCCACCUGUCACACAGCAGCCCCACGCACACCUCGGCCCCGGCGCACGCCCUGCUGCAGUACCCCCCCGGCGCCACACUCGCCGCUCACCACCCACACCCCAUCCUGCCCUCCCGCCCGCCUCCCCCUGCUCUCCUCCAGCACAGCUACGGCCUCUCCCAUCCCCAGGGAGGCGCCAUAGUGCACCAGGUCACCCUGGGCAUCAGCGCCCACCACCACCACCACCACCCAGCUCCACCCCUGCACAGGCUCCUCCCAUCCCCGUCUGUCCACCCGCACCACCAAUCUGGCUACGGGCACCACCCCCCCUUCCAACACCCGUACAUGGCCUCCCCGGUGGCAUACACUGGCUUCCCCCUGAGCCCCACCAAGCCCAGCCACCACCCGCAGUUCUCCUACAUCUGAGGAGCAGGACGGGCCCGCAGCGGUACCUUCUGGUGAGGAAGGCCAACUGCAAAUGGACUGGUGCUGCGACCUGGGCGGGCAGAGCCGGCAGCAGACACUUAAGAUGACGGACACGAGGGACAGUGAAAUCCCCCCCCCCCCCCCCCCCCCCCCCCGGAAAUAACCAGAGAUUGUGAGAGAGUCAACAAAAGACAUUUUAUGUUUAAUGGUCGGGUUUUUCGAGGACGGAUCAAUUGAGAUUGAAAAAAAAUCAUGCUAGGACAAAGUGGCGUUUUGAUUUUGAAAAGCUGAAGCUGUACGAGAGGGCGGAUGACUUCACUGCAAAGAGGAUGUUUUUAUGUGGAGCAUGUCCUUCAGAGGGCACCAUCUAAUUACAAGGCAGCGAGCUUGCUUGCCGUUGCGGUCCCCUUUUUAUCGAUGUUGCCUUGUAGCAUUUGUGCUGAUCUGAUCUGUGUGUUAAGCCAUCCUGGUGUGUAUUAAUCAGGAUGGAACGCUGCCGUCGCCCUAGUGCCUUAAAAAAUAAAAAUCAGUCUGUGACGUUACGUCAGGACGUAAUAGAUUGUACAUUUUAAACAAAACAAAAAAAGCGAUGGGCUUGCAGCACUUAAGCCUCAGACUGUGGAGGCGACGGGUUCUUUAGAUGAGUAACGCUUGCGGCUAUGCUUUCACGUAGACUUCAGUUUGCUUUCUAACUUGGAGGACGGGCUUCAGCUAGAGGGUGCAGAUCUACGGCUUCGACUGAAUGAGCUUUUCAUGUACAUAAAAGAGUGAUCUGAUAUUUUGGUAAUCGAUUUCUAUUCACUAUAGUACUUAAAUUCAUAACAGUAUUCACUGUUUACUGUAACUGCAAUACAAUCUAGAUGGCCUCUGGGUUGCCGUGUAUUUUAAAAUAUGUCUUAGCAUUUAGGCUAGACUUGCGUCAGCGUAUUUUGGGGAGGCGCAGACGUAAACGCAAUGUUUUCUUUUAAAUGCUUCUCAGUGUUUGAGAUAACCGUAUCAUUCGAGGUGUUGUCAGAAACUGAGUUUCAGUGUGGAAACGAACCUUCUUGUCCAUGUAUUGAAGUCACUUUUGAUACAUUCCUUCCGCGCGCGCGCGCGUGCGUGCGUGCGUGCGUGCGUGCGUGCGUGCGUGCGUGUGUGUGAUUUCCAGUGGGUUUCAGUAGAGCUGCGCCUUUACCAUCAGCUGGUAUUUGUUUUGUUUUUCCUCAAAUCGGCACCAAAGACAGUUCGUAAUCAUUUCUGAAACACGGUUGAGGCUAUUUCUACUUGCACCUCUAGCGUACUGUUGCAGUUGGUGACAUUGGAGAAUAUUGUGAGAUCUAUUUAAUAAAAUUAGAGGUUGAGGUUUUAUUUUUCUGAGCUUUUGGCAAAUUGUAUUUGGAAUGUAUAGGUAAUACGCUGCUAUGUACUGAUUAUCUGCCACUUGGUAGCUGUGAAUUUAGAGAAGAAAACUCAUCCUAGCCUGCCUGUUAUUCUUUUAUAUUGUAGUACCAGAUACAAUAGAAGUGUUUUUUUCUUAUAGUAUAUUCAAUGCUAUUCUUAUAUGCUAGUGCCUCCGUAUUUUGGCUGUGUUUUUUGAAGUGUAAACUGCUGUAAUGGAAGUUAUGAGUUUAUUUUUUAUUGCUUUCUGUGUAUUUGUGUGUGUGUGUGCGUGUGUGUGUGUGUGUGGGUGGAUUUAGCAUAGGCUUCUGGAUUCUCUAACUGGUGUCUCAUGUUAUUGCACAAUUUGCAGCUCUUUGUACUGCACAACUAGUGCCUUUCUGCUAACAAGCGGCCAGCAGAUGACAUCCACUCGUGGGGAAACUAGUUCCUCAAGGGGAUCAGCUCCUGUUCAUGUCACCAAAACUCCAAAGUUGUUAAGUCUCACAAACAAACACUUUGUUUUUAAACAGAAUCCUAAGAAAAUACAAAUCAGGGAAGGUAUCUUGUUCUCAUUGAAACCUUUGCAUAGUUCUGGGGCUAAAAAACAAAGGAAAUCAAUCUGGCUGCCAACAUACACAAAUGUAAAGCUUUAUUCUCACACAGUGAAUGUGUUUGUUGGUUAAUGAGUUACUUGUUGCGUUUGCGAUGGCUACACAGCUGCUUCCUCUGGCACUCUUGUAUGCAGCUAUUACCACAGGUAGAUACCAUUGUGUUUCUGAAGGCUUAAUGCCCCGGUGCCACUCAAAGGUUUAGCUCCAAAGCUCUCCUCUGCUACAAUUUCGGACAUGAAACUUGUGUUUAUCAAUGAGAUCAAAAGCUCUCUGCUUCUGUGAAAUGACAACAACAAAAAACGAAGCAAUAUGUCGUAAUUGAUGAAGAAUUUGUCGUCUUCGAAAAAAAAAGGAUCUUGUAAAACGACCAAAACAAGAGCGGUUUCUGGAGCUAUUUAUUUUUGUUCACUGUUGUACUCUUCUUAAUGUAUUACAUUUUAAUGGUUUUGCAUUGUUGCUUAAGCAAUGGGUGUGUGUUGUGAACUUGUCUGAUGUGCUGCUGUUUUGUCGACACGCGUUGUUGUGCUUGCAGAACGCCUCCAAUCACAACUGAUUGCUGAUGCAUUUCAUCUCGUUGUUUUGUUUUUAUUUUCAUUUUAACCAUGUGGUGUGCAGCAUUUCUGUAGUUCUCAGACGCCUGUGUUCUCUCGGCCCUGGCCCCACCCCCCCUCUUGCUUAAGGCUGAUUAUGAUGGGUGGUUUCUUUGCCAGUUGCAUUGUGCUCUCGGGUCUAAGUGUCUAGCAGCCAAUAGAGCAGCCCGUUGGACCAUUUUGAAUACUUCCAAAACUUCACUUGGGUAUUUUUGGGUAGAUAUGGUAUUAAUGCGAGGCUGAGGAAGAACGAAAUCUCGACUCCUAAGGUUGAUUUAUUUUUGGUUCUUUUGUACCACAACAAUCUAAUUAUGGGGGUGAUAAUUAUUGUAUUUUGACACCUAUAUGUAAACACAAUUGCUAAAUUAAAAACUGUUACUGUUCUAAGUAUGCCUAGAUCUGUCUGGCUUUAUGAUUUAAAUUGGUUGAUUUUUAAUUCUGUAUUCUUAAAUGCUUCUUUAGUUUAACCUGUAGCAAACUGCACUGUGCAAUAUACAAAAAAUGAGGACUGGGGAAAAUGAUUUGUUUGGAUGUGAUAAUGUGUGUCUUAUUAGUUGGUGGUCACCCCCCUCUUCUAGUUCUCAGUAAGUCUCAGUGUGACCAAGCCUUAUUUACCAUGUCACAAAAAGCGGGUUUCUUCUUGGUGACUCUUAUUGGUGAGUGUCAAAUUGAUGGUGUACUAUGUCAAGAUUCACUUUGAAUUAAAAAAAGAAAUCUUA